AGAGAGAGAGAGAGGGAGAGGGGGAGGGAGAGAGUUUUUUUAGAGAGAGAAAGCCUGUGAGGGGCUUUGAGACAGAGAGAGAGAGAGAGAGAGAGCUAAAGCCAUGGCUGAUUCAAACGAAUUCGUUUCCAUUGAUGUGGAGAAGAUCCAUCUUGGUGGGAAGGAACAUAUUAUACGGACUGGCUGUGGUUCUGUGUCUGUCAUAGUCUAUGGAGACCAAGACAAGCCAGCGCUAAUCACUUAUCCAGAUUUAGCUUUAAAUCCAGAUGUGUCUUGUUUCCAAGGAUUAUUUUUCUGCCCCGAAGCAGCUUCUUUGUUACUCCACAACUUCUGCAUUUAUCAUAUCAGUCCCCCAGGGCAUGAGUUAGGAGCAGCUGCAAUUUGUCCUGAAGAUCCUGUGCCUUCUGUUGAUGAUUUAGCAGAUCAGAUCAUUGAGGUUCUCAACUUUUUUGGGCUUGGUGCAGUUAUGUGCAUGGGGGUAACGGCGGGUGCCUACAUCCUAACCUUAUUUGCAUUAAAAUAUAGGGAACGUGUCCUUGGUUUGAUUCUUGUGUCCCCUUUAUGCAAAGCGCCCUCUUGGUCUGAAUGGUUUUAUAAUAAGGUGAUAUCAAAUUUGCUAUACUUCUAUGGCAUGUGUGGUUUACUGAAAGAGUGUUUGCUUCAGCGAUACUUCAGCAAGGAAGUUCGUGGUAGUGCAGGAGUUCCAGAAUCAGAUAUAGUUCAAGCAUGCAGAAGAUUGCUGGAUGAGAGGCAGAGUAUAAAUGUUUUUCGGUUUCUUCAAGCAAUCAAUAGGCGACCAGACAUUACCGAAUGGCUGAAGAGUCUAAAAUGCCGUACACUAAUUUUUGUUGGGGAUAGCUCUCCUUUCCAUUCUGAGGCUCUCCACAUGACCUCAAAGCUGGACCGGAGAUUUAGUGCCUUAGUUGAGGUCCAGGCUUGUGGGUCAAUGGUGACAGAAGAGCAGCCGCAUGCAAUGUUGAUACCCAUGGAAUUCUUCUUGAUGGGAUACGGUUUGUAUAGGCCAAGCUACUUCAGUGACAGCCCAAGGAGCCCUCUCAGUCCAUCUUGCAUCUCUCCAGAACUCCUUUCUCCAGAAAGCAUGGGUUUGAAGCUAAAACCAAUAAAGACCCGUGUUUCCCUCGAGGUUUAAAGCAGGAGUGAGGUAGAGUUGGACAUAAUAUGAGUCGUAUGAUUCGAAAGAUGUUCAAUUUUUUCGUUCGUUUUUGGUUUUUGGAUUCAAUUAUAGUGGGUAGAUUGGUUGGAGAGGUUGUAGAUAGAGAAGGAAGAAUAUUACAGAACAUAUAUAUAGGGAGAGUCUUGCAUUCAUUCAUUUGUAGUUAAAAAGAAAUCAUUGAGCUGUGUCUGUAAAUUCUGUAAUGGACUGAGAUUAUUUAUGAUGACGAGCAAUCAAUAACAGAGAGGAACUCCCCGAUUAUUAUUUAA